CAGGCGGAAAGAACUCGCGCUGUGCUGGCAGCAAGCGAACCGACGCUUCUCUGGGGCCUUGGCUAGCCCGCGGCCCCCAGUGCCCCCCCUCACCUCGGCCGCGCCCCCUUCCUCCGGCCCACCGCGGGCCAAGCACCGCCGCCAUGUCGGCCUACCCCAGAAGCUAUAACCCGUUCGAUGAUGACGCGGAGGACGAGGGCGCCCGGCCAGCGCCGUGGACUGAUGCCCGCAACCUCACGGACGGGCCCGAGUCGCCCGCUGACCGGCAGCAGGCCCUGCGGCAGGAGGUGCUGCGCCGGGCCGAGGCCACGGUCGCCAGCACGGGAAGGUCCCUGUCCCUCAUGUACGAGUCCGAGAGGAUAGGAGUCGCCUCUUCUGAGGAGCUUGUCCGUCAGCGUGGGGCCUUGGAGCGCACAGAGAAGAUGGUGGACAAAAUGGAGCAGGACCUGAAGACCAGCCAGAAGCACAUCAACAGCAUCAAGAGUGUGUUCGGAGGGCUCGUCAACUACUUCAAGUCUAAACCUGUGGAGACCUCGCCUACACAGAACGGCACCCUUGCCCCCGAGCCCAGCAGCAGAUUGAAAGAAGCCAUAAGUAUAAGCAAAGACCAGGAGGCACGGUUCCAGGCCAGCCACCCAAACCUCAGGAGGCUGAAUGACUCAGACUGCAUCCCUGGAGGGGCUGGAUCUGCUGUGAGCUCUGAGGCGUAUCCAAAGAACCCUCACCUCCAAGCCUAUCAUCAGAAAAUCGACAGCAAUCUGGAUGAGCUGUCCGUGGGCCUGGGCCGUCUGAAGGACAUUGCCCUGGGCAUGCAGACGGAGAUCGAGGAGCAGGACGACAUUCUCGACCGCCUCACAACCAAAGUGGACAAACUGGAUAUCAACAUAAAAAGCACGGAGAAAAAAGUGCGCCAACUUUGAAGACAAAGGAUUUCCACUCCAUAGUGAUGAAAAGAUUUGAAAGGUGUUUUAAAUUCCCUGGAAACUUCGCUCAUUACUUUUGAAUGUGAUUUAACAUGUGUUUGCAAACAUUGUCACCGGGGUUCUCAAGAGAUUUUGUCGUAAGAGGAAGUGUGCACCCCUUUUCUCAGAGCUGACACUGUCCCAGUUCCCUAAGCUGAAUGUGGAGAGGUAGUCUGAGCGCAGUAGCCUGGCCGGACACCUGGGUCUGACCUCUUGCUGGAGUGAGGGGAGGAGCCGAGUCAUCUGGACAGAUGUGGGCCAAGCGGCAGCCUGGAGCCCCCUGGAGCCGCCAGCCUGUUUCCGUCUGUGGUGCCCUCAUCCCAGGCUUUCCUGAGUCAGCACUGGCCAUGUGACCCAUUGUUGGGAGUGGGGGGGGGUCCUCCCUCCUCACACCCUGUUUUCAGUCUCCACCCCCAACCCCUGCUAAGCAUAUUGUGACUUCCUGAGCCCCAGGAGAAAGCCCAGCAUCAGGUUCAGGAUGGAUGUGUGGACAGGUGUCACCUCUUCCCUUCCUGGCUUCUGCCCUCCCUCAGCAGAUGUUUUAUACAAGCAGGAAGGCUUCAGACCAGCCCUUCUUACUGUCAUGCCUGAAAAUAUGUAGGCAACUGGGGGAGCCCUGGAGGGCUGACUGUCUAUCCUCGGGGUCGGCCAGGCCUCAGGCCAGCCAGGGUCAUUUGGUGCCUGGAGUCUCCUGUCCUGUCUGGAGUCCCACCUGCUCUUCCUGCACUACUGGCAGCAUGCAAUGACUCCUCACUUGGUCUGUGCCACCCAGUUUUAGGCCGAGAGCUCCACAAACGAGGCCGACUUUGCAUAGAAAGAUUUGGCCUUUUUUUUUUUUUUUUUUUUUUUUUUUGCCACACCCACAGCAUACAGAAGUUCCCAGGCCAGGGAUCAAACUCACACCACAGAACUGACAACACCAAUCCUUAACCUGCUGACCCACCAGGGAACUUCAAGAUUAUUUGGUUUUUUUAAUUAGCCCUUUUUUUUUCUUUUGUCUUUUUGGGGCUGCACCUGUGGCACAUGGAGGUUCCCAGGCUAGGGGUCCAAUCAGAGCUAUAGCUGCUGGCCUACGCCACAGCUACAGCAACAUUGGAUCUGAGGUAUGUCUUCAACCUACACCACAGCUCACAGCAACACUGGAUCCUUAAGCCACUGAGCGAGGCCAGGGAUUGAACAUGAAUCUUCAUAGAUGCUAGUCGGGUUCAUUAACCACUAAGCCACGAUGGGAACUCCAAAAAGCCCAUUUUUAACUGGCCCAGCUUGCUCUCUUUUCAUUUUACAAAAAAAAAAAAAGAAAAGAAAAGAAAUUAAAAACACUACUUUAAAUUUAUCUCUGUACCUACAUUGAAUUUCUUUGUGUUGGUACCUCCAACAAAAUAAUUGAAGCCAUGAGGCCCUAGUCUCUUCUCUCUCUCUCUUUUUUUUUUUUUGGCCACACCAUACCAUGUAGAAGUUUGAACCCGUGCCAUAGUGGCAACCCCAGCUGCUACAGUGACAGUGCUGGAUCUCUAACCUACUGUACCACAACGGCACUCCUUACAAGGUGCUAGUCUUUAAAAGCAAAUUAUUUGGUGAAAGGGCCUGAUUUUUUUUUUUCUUUUCUUGGCCACACCCACAGCCAGGGAUCAAAUUCAAGUCACAGCUAAGACAUGUGCCACGACUGUGGCAAUACCAGAUCCUUAACCCACUGUGCCAGGCCAGGGAUUGAACCCUCGCCACCACAGAGACAAUGCCAGAUUCUUAACCCACUGUGCCAUAUCAGGGACCUCAAAAGGGCCUGAUUUUUUUUUUUUUUUUUGUCUUUUUAGGGCCCCACCCAACGCAUAUGGAGGUUCCCAGGCCAGGGUCAAAUUGGAGCUGUGGCUGCUGGCCUACACCACAGCCACAGCCACACCAGAUCCGAGCCGUGUCUAUGACCUACACCCUAGCUCACGAUGCCAGAUCUUUAACCACCGUGUGAGGCCAGGAAUCGAACCUGCAUCCUCAUGAAUAUUAGUCAGAUUCGUUUCCACUGAGCCAUGAUGGGGGCUCCCCAAAAGGGCCUGAUUUUAAUAGGAAAAAAUAGGUUGGAAACUCUAAAAUCUCAGUGCCUUUCCACUUGAAACCUAUCAGCAGUCCUGCGGCCUUCACCACCCUGGUUCAUAGCAUGUGAACAGGGUCCCUGACAGUGAAGGAGAAUCUUGAAAGGGCUGCAGAGACGUGUUAUUGUUUAUGUAGCAAUUCAGAUAUAAAAGUUCAUCCUAUAAUGCAUAACCUUGGAGGAACAACAGCAGCCCAGUGGGUGACCAGAGAGCUCUCUGUCUUGUGGCAGCCACCCCAGGUAUCCUAUCCUCAUCACUGGAUAUGAUCCUUCUUCCAGGACAUGAGGAUAUGGUAGAGGGUCUUCAGAGUCCACACCUGCCCAUCAUGAUGAUUCUCUUGGUAACUGGGAAAAGGAAGAAUUUUAAAUGUAUUCCCAGCCCACACCCAGGGCUUUCAGUAAAAAGGCUGCCCCGAAGUGUGACAUCAGGAGGUGGGUGAUGUGUCAUCCAUUUUCCUCCUGGACAUCUUCCUCCGCCUAUGUCAUGAUAACUGUCUCUGCUCAGCACCAUCAGGCAGAAACUGAUGGGUCUCCAUGGAGAUUACUCAACAUACCUCAGACCUGGGCUUAUUUUUUCAAGUAAAUACACAUAAAGGCUACUGCCAGUUGUCUCUUCAGCCUUCCUUUCUCAUAAUAGGAUUAGUGAUUUCUUUUUUUUUUUUUUUUUUUUUUUUUUUUUUUGUCUUUUGUCUUUUGUUGUUGUUGUUGCUAUUUCUUGGGCCGCUCCCGCGGCAUAUGGAGGUUCCCAGGCUAGGGGUUGAAUUGGAGCUGUAGCCACCGGCCUACGCCAGAGCCACAGCAACGAGGGAUCCGAGCCUCGUCUGCAACCUACACCACAGCUCACGGCAACGCCGGAUCGUCAACCCACUGAGCAAGGGCAGGGACCGAACCCGCAACCUCAUGGUUCCUAGUCGGAUUCGUUAACCACUGCGCCACGACGGGAACUCCGGAUUAGUGAUUUCUGACUUGAAGCAGAGUAGCACCUUAUUUUAUGUCUCUCUCUCUUUUUUUUUUUUUUUUUGGCUGUUCCCAUGGCAUGUGGAAGUUCCUGGACCAGGGACUGAACCCAUGCCACUGCAGUGACAACACCAGAUCCUUAACCCACUCACUUUUCUAGAAAUGUCUUCCUUGGACAUAAUGGGAGGGCCACCAUAGUCUCUCCCUCUCUCUCUCUCUCUCUCUUUUUUUUUUUUUUUUUUGCUUUUUAGGGCUGCACUUGUGGCAAAUGGAGGUCCCUAGGCUGGGACUCAAAUCGGAGCUACAGCUGCCAGCCUAUACCACAGCCAUAGCCAUGCAGGAUCCGAGCCGUGUCUGCAACCUACACCAUAGUUCACGGCAACGCCAGAUCCUUAACCCACUGAGCAAGGCCAGGGAUCAAACCCACAACCUCAUGGUUCCUAGUUGGAUUUGUUUCCACCGCGCUACAACGGGAACUCCCUCUAUCCUGUUCUUAUUCACACCUCUUAUUCUAAGGCCUGGGCUGAGGGCCUUUGAGAGCCUCAAGCCAGGCAGCAGCUCUCUGCUGGGCCCUCACCCAGCUUCCAGCCCCACAGAGGGCCAGUGGCAUUGCACAGAAAAGCUGCUCACGUUUGCAGAGAACACAGAAAGGCCUGAGGAGCCUCCAUAUCUGCUUGUCGUGACUGUGACCAGAAGAGAACUGCCCUUUAGAUGCACCUAUCCGAGACUCGGAGGUGCCUGCUGGGGUUGGUUGCAGGCUGGGCUCUCAGUGAGACAAAACCAACUUGUCCAUCCGGAUCCGCAUAUCCGAAGUCAAAACUGGAAACAAACUGUGCCUUCCAGAAAGGGGCUUUUCUAACUUGAGGUCCAUUAUAUGUGAAGUGUGCUACUAACUUAUAAAUAAGUACAUUCCCCGUUGGAGGAAACUCUACCCAUCCAGUGAUUUGUAGCAGCGGCAGAUUGCCUCAUGAGUGUCUUUUUUGCAUUCUGUAGGAAAGGAGAUCUGAAUUUAACUCAGGUGGCAGAAAAGAAAAGAAGUGCAUUUUCAUUUCUCUCUCUAACUUGUUUUUGUGAAUAUGUGAUUUUGAGUGUACACUAUACCAAUUAGUAAAAAUCUUAUACUUUGCCUACAUAGGCCUUUUCUGCAGGAUGUUUAGUCACUAGUAUCAUAAAGCAUCUUCGGCUCUGAUGGUUGAAGUGUCUCAUGAACAGAAUGAUGAGCCAGUCAUUAAAAGUGCACAUGGGAGGGGCUCCCUGCUCAGAGGGUGUGUCAGAACAGCUCUUAUGCUUCCUGCCUUCACCUCAGCAAAUGAUCAUAUUCCUUAAAAUAAAGUGUGACUUUUUUAGUCAAUUGUGCCCCCCC